GUUGGUUACGUCCAGCUGGUUAUCACUUUAUUUAUUAGGAAAGCUGUUAAAACCACCCUCCAUGGCGUCCAACGAGCAGAACGCCGCCACCACGGAUGGUAUCGUCGCAAUUACACAUCCAGACGUGGAAAUGGCUUCAAUUCCAAUACCGCAGUCCAAAAAUAACGACGACCCGUAUCUUGUGGUUUUCAACCCCGAAUACGAUGCUGAAAACCCCAAAGACUGGCCAACCAGCCGGAAGUGGGCCGUCACUGAUGUUCUCUCCGCAACUGGCUUCAAUCGCAUCAUGGUCUCAACUAUUAUGGCGCCAGCCUUGUCCACGAUUGCCAAAGAGUUGGACAUGAACUCUGCCGAGUCCGUCAUGGCACUUUCCAUCUACUUGCUGGCCACAGCAUUUGGACCUCUUGUCAUUGGCCCGCUGUCGGAAAUCUACGGCCGGAAGCGAAUCUUGCAUAUUUCGAACGUGUGGUUCCUUGUUUGGAACAUUGCAUGCGGCUUCGCCUAUACAAAAGGCUUACUGAUCGCAGCGCGAUUCUUGGCGGGUUUUGGUGCCAGCUCGGUCUAUGCGCUGGCCGGCGGUGUGCUUGGGGAUGUUUGGAGUCCAGAACAGCGUGGUCGGUCUCUCGGUAUCUAUUUGCUUAUUCCCUUGCUCGGUGCAGCGGUCGGCCCUAUUAUUGGCGGAUUCAUGGCAGCCCGCACCACAUGGCGGUGGAUGUUUUGGUCUACUUCGAUUUUCCAAGGCGUCAUGAUCCUCGUCUCGUUUACCACCUUUCGCGAGACAUACGCGCCGUUCAUUCUCAAAAGACGGGCAGAAAGGCUCCGGCGGGAAACUGGAAACCAGCAGUAUCAAACCGUGCAGGAACGUCACCAUGGCCACAAGUCAGCCAUGUCGACUCUUGGGCGCGCCCUCACUCGACCGAUGCGGUUAAUUCUUUUCCACCCCAUCAUUCAAAUCAUUUCGGUCAUCUCGGCCUUCUACUAUGGCAUUCUCUACAUCAUUCUUUCAACUUUCUCUGAUCUCUGGGUUAACCGAUACCACCAGUCGGUUGAGAUCAGUGGCCUGCACUACCUCGCCAUUGCACUUGGGGAGGUGGCUGGCUCGCAAAUUGGCGGACCAUUGAUGGAUUACCUUUAUCGGCGGAUGCAAGCCGCUCGCGAUGCCUCAUCGAGAAGUGUGGAGUUGUAUGUGCCAGAGUUCCGCAUCCCCCUCAUGUUCCCAGGAGCGCUCAUGGCGCCGCUUGCCCUCCUCUUGUAUGGCUGGGCUGGCCAAUACCAACUGCACUGGCUUGUCGUGGACGUGGGCAUCUUCUUCGUGACCUUUGGGAUGCAGAUUGCUGAUAUGCCCUUGACGGCGUACGUUAUGGAUGCGUACAUGGAACAUACCAGCAGUGCUGCGGCUGCGGAGCAGUUCUUGAGGAGUCUCACAGCCUUCUUGUUUCCGCUAUUUGCACCCAAGAUGUACGAGACAUUGGGAUAUGGAUGGGGCAGCAGCUCAAUGGCACUGGCAGGGCUUAUCUUCGGACUUCCGGCACCUUUGAUCCUGUGGUAUUAUGGCUCAAAGUUGAGAGCGAAGGCCCAAAGUAGCUAUUGAACCUUUCUCCGAGAGCAUGGGCGACGUCAUUAGAUUCUGGAGGAUUUGCAGGAUACGUCGAACAGCCUGCAGACUUCGCGAUGGGCACUCACCAUGAUGGCGAACGGCUGGUUUGGCAAGUACUGAAAUGACCACCUCUUUGGUUCAAAUAUGGAGAUUGGAGGGUGUUUCUGUUUGAGCGACAACAGCCAGAGACUUCAAAUCGGUGCGCGCUUGGCGUAUAGACACGCGCCCGUAUUGAUCAUAGCAGUGAGGGAUUAAUGGAUCGUUCAUGCACCAUAAUUUGAGUUUCCCUUCCCCAGUCGUGGGACGGGCUCCUAAGCGAUUCCAUGAAGGCCGUAUUGACUGACCUCACUGUACGAAUGCAGACAAGCCUUAGCUGAACGUAGCCAUUUCAAUAAAAUUCACGAUGAUG